AUGAUGAUUACCAUGACUGAAGCUUUGGAUAGCCUUGCUCAAGUUGCUACGGACCAACUUUUUGGUUUUGAUACCGCCAGUCUUCUCACACCUCAGCUUGCUCGCCAAGUUCCUCAACUAAGCGCCGAGGAAUUUUCAUUUGUUCACGCCGGCAUGGAUGAACCAACGAAUAUUUUUGGUGAGCCGGUUGAUUUCCACGACACUUCUGUUCCAGGUACUUAGUAAAACUAACGAACGUUAAAUUCUAACAGCCACCGUUCGGACCAAGUUGUCUGUUAUCGUCGGAAGCGAAUCCACCUACGCGAAUCGCCGUGUUGGUGUUUUCAAAAAUAAGCGUUGGCUCUGCAUAAGACCGUGGGAAUUUCUUUCUUUCGAACAUUUUUAACCGUCAGUCUCGCUGAGUGCCUUUCGAAUCUGUUCGUUCAACUAAUUUGUGAAAUUGUUCGAGUUCGACAAUUUCGCAUUACUCUCGUCAAACUUAAGAACAUGGGCAACAGUCUUGUGUAUCUUUUCAGACAAGUGUCUCUCUUUUCUUGUUAAAGUAAGGGUUCUUGUCUGAGUAAGUGAAGAUUUAAAGUAAUAUUUCUUGCGCAACGCGCUCCCUUUAGAGGCAAUGUUUAAUUUAUGAUGCCACUCAUUCCAAUUUGUAUGGUUUAUUUACAUUAGUUCGCUAACACUGAUUUUGCCUUCUCGCUUUUCUCAGGAGAUCUUGACCUGGAUUACACUGUGCCAGACGUAAAGCAGGAGGGUGCAAACCAGUCUGUCAAAGCCUGUCAACAGCGUUUGGCUCACUUUAAAGUCCCAAGUCUACAUGAUGUGAUUUCGGGACCGACUGGAUCGACUCCACCACCGAGCGGACACGCUUCUCCUUACAGUUCUCCUGCUCACAAUCUGUGGAUUCCUGACCGCACAGUUCUUACUCCCUUGAUCAGUCAGGCUGGAACUACACCUUGGAGCACAUUUUUCUCGGACACAAAGCUUCCAAUGUCCCAGGAAGUAAGUUCAGCACCAAACAAGGUACAGACUCCUACUCCACAAGAACUUCCACAAGAGCAGGUGGCAGUCUCAGCAGCAAACAACCCACAAACCAACUUUUACCAGCGACCUAUUCAACAGCCAGUGAACUCUAAUUCACCGAUGUUUAUGCAAGCUACAGCCACACUGAACAUGAAAUGGCCAAUACUUAGUGGUCCUUCUCCAUUUCCUACCACAAUGUCUCCAGAUCACUCUGCAAUGAUGGACAAGCUCCUUCUGCACACCACAACUCCUUCUGACUUUCUUACUACGCCACCAAAACCUGUUCAAAGAGGUCGCCCUGCCAAGGCUGGUUCUGCUAUACUGAAAGCAAAACGUAAUAACCCUGCUGAUGGGCGCUCACGAACACCACCAAGUGAGCGGCCUUAUGCAUGUCCAGUUGAUACAUGCCCACGAAGGUUCUCAAGGUCUGAUGAACUGACACGCCACAUGCGAACCCACACUGGACAGAAACCAUUCCAGUGUAGGAUCUGCAUGAGGAACUUUUCCCGUUCAGACCAUCUGACAACUCACAUCCGUACACACACUGGUGAGAAACCUUUUGCCUGUGACACAUGUGGUCGACGAUUUGCACGAUCUGAUGAACGCCGUCGCCACAUGAAGAUCCAUUUGAGAGAACAAGCUAAAAAAGAGGAGGAAGCCAGAAAAGCCAUGGCUCAAAGUAAUGGAACUGUUUCACCCAUCCAGAGCCGGUCUCCUCAAUCAACACCAUCACCCCUUCAGGUCCCAGUGACCUCGGUGAACUCUUUUUAA